UCCCGCCGCCGCCGCCGCCCCCCCAACGCCCGAUCCUCCUCAUCACCAUCCCUACCUACUCUGUGAAAUAGUUUGCUAAGGUGGUGAAGCCAAUGUGGAUUUCUAAAGAGGGCUCUGAAAACUACGCUGUGUGUGUGAUGCCCCUGGGCACUUGGACGGUGAAUGGACACCUUGACUAGAGCAGGUUAUUACGACUCGCUCCCCGCCCCACCUGGGAAGGUUUGUGGGUGCCUUUGGCCCUGUGGGUUAGCCCACCCCAGCUCCGCAGCCACCUAGACCGAGGAUACACGGGGGAGGAUUUACAGAGGAUAACCCGAGUGAAAGUUCCAGCCUUAAUCAGAACCAUCUCCUCUCUCAGGAUCACGUGAACAAAUAUGCUUAUAUUUUAAGACAGCGCCUCUAUUUCUUAUUACCGAAGGCUUCUUCGGCGGCUCUUUUUUUUAAAAAGAUAAUAUAUAUAUAUAUAGCUAUAAUUGAAAAGAUGAUGCAUAUGUGGCCUCAUCGCUUGUUAUUUACAAACAAAGCAAAACGAUAAGCUUGACCAGCUGGCUUUCUUUUUUUAUUCCAUGGGGUUGAUUGUGAAGGAUUUUCGAAAUUAUUAUUAAACCUAACGAACUCAGAAUCCAUUCGCCCUCUUUUAUUGGAGCUGCUGCAAUCUUGGCUUGCUCUUGAAAAAAAUAUAUUCUACCGGGAAUACUGGUCUAUGGAAAUGCUCGAGCAGACCCGCAAGAUCAGGUUUAGGAGUGUAUUGUCUGCAGAACAAAGGAGGAAGGAUAUAUCUUCCAAGCUGAAAGCGCGCAAUUUCUGACCGAAGAGGACAGUUUUAGGAUACAGGUGGCUUCUGGGGCAGCGACUGGCCGAGGCCCGCGGCGCGAGGGAGGCCAGGCCGCGUGACGGGGUGGGCGGCGGCCCAUGUUAUUUGAGCGGGCUGCCGAGGCCUUGGCGACGGCGGAGCCCACCAUGCAGAAGGCCGCCUACUACGACAACGCGGGCCUCUUCGGGGCCUACGGCGGCUACAGCAAAGCGGACGCCUACGGCUACCCGCCGGGCCCUCCUCAGCCCUACGCCCAGCCCGCCCUGGACACCGACUACCCAGGCUCGGCCUGCUCGCUCCAAGGAGCCGCCGCCGCCGCCAUCCGGGCGCCUCCGGCCCACAAGAGCGCCGAGCUGAGCGGCAGCUGCAUGCGCCCCGCCGGAGGCGCCCAGGGAGGUCCUCAGCAGCCGCCAGGCCUAGCCGAGCAACAGCAGCAGCAGCAGCAACCGCCGCCUCAGCAACAGGCUCCGCCCCCCGCGCUGCCGUCGCCCUCGCCGCCCAGCAGCAACCCCGCCCACUCGGUUCCCGCCAAAAAGGGCAAAGGCGGGGCCAACGCCUCGGGCGGCUCGGCGGCCACUAUUAGCAAGCAGAUCUUCCCCUGGAUGAAGGAGUCCCGCCAGAACUCCAAGCAGAAGAGCAGCUGCGCCCCCGCAGGAGAGAACUGCGAGGACAAAAGCCCCCCGGGUCCCGCUUCCAAGCGGGUCCGCACCGCCUAUACCAGCGCGCAGCUAGUGGAGCUGGAGAAGGAGUUCCACUUCAACCGCUACCUGUGCCGCCCUCGCCGGGUGGAGAUGGCCAACCUGCUGAACUUGACGGAGCGCCAGAUCAAAAUCUGGUUCCAGAACCGGAGGAUGAAGUACAAAAAAGACCAAAAAGCGAAAGGAAUUAUGCACUCCCCGGUAGGGCAGUCCCCAGACCGGAGCCCGCCUUUGAGCGGGCCCAACCAUGUAGGAUACUCCAGCCAGCUGCCCACCGUCAACAGCUUGAGCUACGACGCCCCGUCGCCGACGUCCUUUGCCAAAUCCCAGCAAAACAUGUACGGGCUGGCGGCUUACACGGCGCCUCUCAGCAGCUGCUUGCCCCAGCAGAAGAGAUACCCAGGCGCCGAGUACGACCAUCACGCCAUGCAAAGCAACGGCGGCUUCGCCAACCCCAAUUUGCAGGGCAGCCCCGUCUAUGUCGGAGGGAACUUCGUUGAUUCCAUGCCAGCCUCUGGCCCCAUGUUCAACAUCGGCCACCUCUCCCAUCCUUCAUCUGCCAGCGUGGACUACAGCUGCGCUGCUCAGAUCCCAGGCAACCAUCACCAUGGACCUUGUGACCCCCAUCCCACGUACACAGAUCUCACUUCUCACCACACAUCUCAGGGAAGGAUUCAGGAGGCGCCCAAACUGACGCAUCUGUAGUAGACUGGAACGCGUUCAGAAAGAAAGAGAGAGAGAGGAAGAGAGAAAGAGAAAGCGAGAGAGACAGAGAGAGAUUGAAAUGCAUUCGCGUUUAAAUUACCUCACUUUGCCCCUGACGUUGCAGUAUUACUUUGAGUAUUACAGUGGGUUUUUUUGUGUGUCCCCGGUAGAAGCUAACUAUUUCUUGUUUUCUUUGGCGACCGAGUCCAUGAGAAUUAUUUCCGCCCCAUCCCCCACCCCUCGCUGUCCUCUUAAAUGUUUUAGCCGUUUAAAAGCAUGGCAGUGCAAUAUCCUUAACAAAAAUAAAUAAAUCUCAACAUUCCCUCAAGGGAGUAAUAAUUGGUAACGAUGUACUGGAAGGUAAGUUGUAGAAAUCCAUUAGAACUCGGCGAAAGUGAGUCCUGAUGAGGCGUUUACAACAUUUGGGACCAAAACGGAGACUUAUUUCGAAAGUUAUAAUUUAUAAGAUUUUUUUUUCUCCAGUAAUGUGAAAGAUUGCUUUGGACUUAAAUAAGAUGUAUUUAUUAUUUUAAGAGGAACUCUUUUUUUUUUUUGUAUCAUUGAUUAUUUAAUCCUGGUCUUCAAUGUAUUUAUGUGGAUAUUUGUAGAGUUUCUUCACACCCCCUUUCCCCCUUAACUUGGGAAGAUUGAUUCAGGUCUUUGGUGACUAUACAUUUUCACCUAUUUAGUAUAUUUGGUCUGAAAUAGAAAGAGUAGUUUUGAACAGUUGUAACAGUGGCUGGUGUUUGUAGUUUAUGUAAGGACUAAGCAAAUUGUAAGUCAUAGAUUAAUACAAAAACUGAAACAUUACACAAAAGAGCCGAUACAUUUUUUUAUUUUAAUAUAUAUCUAUCUAUAUAUAUCACAUGUUUAUUUAUUUCAGAUUGUUUGGUAUGGUUUUACUUAGCAUUAAAAGCUACCUUAUAUCUCAUAUAUUGUUAUAUUCUGCUAUAUAGUGGCCAGUUGACUGUUUGGUCUUUGACCAACUUCUGCAUACAUAAAUUGGUUCCUUCCUAUCUGUUGCACACACCAUUUCGUCUGGUUGCUUGUUGUUUAUAAUUUUAAAGUCUAAAAUAUGCAACACCUUCAGACUGACAUUUAGGAGCAAUAUAAUACUGUUGAUGUAAUUAGGAUUUUCUUAGCAGGCUAAAACUGUUGUUUCAGUUAUUAUUUUUUACUAUUAUUAUUAUUUAUAUGAUAUGAUAUUUAUGCUAACCAUAAAUCAAUUUUGUACAAGUCACUGGAAACGCGAACUUACUUUUGCUGAACAGGGAGGGGAGGGAAGACGAAGAAGAAGAAGAAGAGGAGGAGGAGGAAGAAGAAGAAGAAAAAGAAGAAGAAGAAACUUUGAAUGAAAUAUUGACAAUCAAGUAUCUACAAAGGAAAGACUGCGGUAGGGUUUAGGAGACGAAGUCCUUCUGAAAUGCUCAGAAUGGCUUUCGAGAUAGGAAAUUAGGUCUAUCAAUAUUUAAUAUAGUCUUCUGUAGCAGACAUUGGUACAAUCCUUGUGUAAACUAAUGUUUCUGCCCCAAGCCUAGAAGGGACAGGAAACACAAACAUCCUCCCCCCCCGCCCCACUCUUCCUCUUUAUUUGUAUGUUGCAUUUAAUCUCUUACUGGGUUUUAUAAAGCUUUUCUCAACAUGAAAGUGGCAUUAGGUACACGUUAGAAGCGAUACAUGCCCAUUAAUUCAGAAGGAAGCAUCCCUUAUCGCUUUAAAAAGCACUCAGUUAAGAUUCAGAUCUUUUGAAGUCCCACAGAACAGUAGCAAAACCUCACUUUUCAGUUUGACUAAUAAUGCAGCUCCGUCUCUCCACGUCCUAUGUUGGCAACUACUGCAAUUCUUUUUGUGUGAGAGAGGUUUUUACUCCUACAUUUGUGUCUGUCUAGACAACGAGGAUGGAUAUGGAUAUAUAUAGUAUAACAUAUGUAUAUAUAUAUAUAAUAUUCACCUCGUUAUCUUUUUUUUAAAAAAAUACCAUGUUGUUAACUGAGAGAAGAGGGGGGAAUGUAUCGUUUUGUUAAAUCUCACUUUUACCCAAGUGUUGUAGAUCUGUAAACAAAACAGAAUAAACAGCUUCAAAUGAAGAAAUAUUUUAACCACU